UAAGAUUAAGAUUGAUUUAAGAUAAAUUGGAAAUAUUUCAGAGGAAAAAAUGUCGAAAGUCUCGGGUUCGUUCAGAGCAAAAAACGAGAACGUCCCCACCCUCUCUUCUCUCCCAAGCACGGCUAAACGAGGAUACCUCUGGAAACUCUCCGGUCGUUCAAUUCUCCACAAAAGUCAAUGGAAACGAAAACUCUUCGUCCUGUGGAAAAGUCGUCUUUACUUCUACCAGGGCGAGGGUGGUGGAGGGGAUGAGAGGGGGGCGGGAACUAUAAAUCUCAAAUACUUCUCCUCGUGUGUGGAGGCCCCCCUUACGGAUCACAAGAAGGCAACCAACGUCUUCAUCCUGCUCGCCAUGGAGAAGGGGUUUCUUGAUCAGGGUCGGUGUUACUUGUCCGCUGAAACUCUGGGAGAAAUGCGUGACUGGGUUUCAGCACUUAAAUCUGCACUUGACAAGCUUCAUAGGAACAGAUAUUCCGUCCCAGAUAUACCAGAGGAAAAAUUGUGUAAAUCCUCCAGUCUCUCAUCAUUACCUAGUCAGAAAUCAGAUAAAUCAGAGAUAGUCAGGGAAACGAACACUAAAGAUCGUCUGAACAAGUCCCUGGACGAAAGACCAGCUGUGUGUGAUGUCUCCUUGGAUCGGACCUAUGCAUAUUCGUCCUCAGAGGAGUCCCUAAACCAGUCCUUCUCAGCUCCAGUCCCUCUCCGAAACACAGGCUCUGUGUACUCUGCCAUGACUAGAAGAUCAAUUAACUUCGGAGGAAGACGACCUAGCGGUCAAUUGCUCAGCUUAUCAAAACAAAACGACGACAUUUUAUCCCCAACACUACAAAGAUACAAAGACGAUCAAUUCAAUAGUCUUCCCAAGCGUCAAGAACCAAAACUAACGAAUGUACCGAGAAAUAACGAUCUGUUUCACAGUUUGCCAAAGCGUAAAGAGGAUUUGAACGAGCAGAGAAAUGAACAAAAUAAACAUCAUGAAAGUAAUAGACAUAUCACACAAGAUAAUAGAUAUAACGGACAAGAGAAUAGACCUAUCACGGGUAGUUUACGUUUAGCAGAGGAUGAAAGUGAUGAGGAUCAGUAUCAUAGUCUUCCGGUCAGACGAGGGGAUGAGAUUCGAACUAAUGGACAUGAACUUGAGAAAAGUACAUCCUUCAGUUCUUUCCGUGAGAGUCCUUGCCAUAGUGUGAAGGGAUCAAGACGACAUCUCAAAUUCCAGGAUUCAGAAUCGCAACCCUCAAGACAGGGAUCCAGGCUUUGUAGUCGGGAAGGAAGCAGUAGUAAUAUUAGUAUGAGCACCAUAACAACUUCUCACCAGGAUGUAGAAUUAGAGAAAGCAACAUCAGGCUAUAACAACAAAAACAACAAUUCCACAACAAACAACAACAACAUGAGUGCUGGUAGUAGUGAUAUGGAGAAGAAAAUGAUGUUGUUAACAGGACAGGUUGAUGAACUUAGACGACUGUACCGCCAUCUUGAUUCUGAAACUAACUCUACCCGGCGUGAUGUCGGGAGCGUGCACGAGUCCCUGGCAACGAUGAACUCUACAGCGCGAGGGAUUGAGGAGAAGAUCAUGAGGUUCCAGGCGAACAUGUCGGGCAUAGAGAGGAUGUCAAGCUCACUUAUGAUGGAAAUACGAUCAACACAUGAUAGAGUGCUCAGGACGCUAGAAGAUGCAGAUAGAGCAAAAAGAGAAUAUCUAAAUUUGAAACAGAAAGCAGAAAUGUUAAUCCUCCAAAUACAGGGCGACGCUGUUGCCCUAAAUCUACCAAGCCAACAGCUGACCCAACCCUCUCUAUUCACCUUCGGAGCUCAGGAUUCUGGAAACCAGACAUUUCCGAAACUCAAGGCGGGCAAUGGAACUAGCUCCGCCCAGUCUGUCUUACCCUCUCCAAUAUCAAAGGGGCGGGCAACUAGAGAGGGGAAGGUGCAUUUCUGUCAGGAUCCAACACAUUCGAACGAUUCUCUUUAUGAAAAGCCCUCCGGACCCCUCUACUCCACACCAAACAAAGCAUACAAAGAUAACAACUAUUUGUAAAUAUUUGUAUUGAAUUUUUUAAUCUUUGUAUUUUUAACAUUGCAAUUCGUGGUUUUUCUAAACUUAUUCUUAUCAUCAUGGAUCAUAGUUAUUUUAAAUUUUUAUUUUUAUUUUUACUGAAGAUUUUUGAAAUUAAGAUAAUAAUUAUAAAUUAUGAUCCAGAGAAACAUUUGCUUUAAUUCAUGAUACCGAAGCUCAGGACAAAAUUCUCUCAAAAUGAUCAUUCUGACAAAAUUAACAAUUUUAAAUUUAAAGAGAUAUAAUUAUAAAUGAUUCAUGAUCCUCACAAGAAGAAUUUUAAUGAGCCAUAAUUCUUAAAAAAAAAUCAUUUUUUUUCGAAAAAUCUCUUUUAAUAAAUUUUUAAAUUUAAUAAAAAUUCUUCUUCUAAUUUAUUUUUCGGAUUUUUAUCUCACUCUGAUCUUGCCAGAAUAUAUUUUUUCCAUAAAACGUGCUGGGUUGACUCUAAUUAGUCAGGAUUAGAAAGUACAACUAAAUGUAUAUACAGUUACAUGUUGUACUGGCUUGGACUAUGCAACUAUUAGAGUGGGGUCUUCUUUCAAAAAGUAUUUUCAUGAAUGUAUAAGAUCCUGAAGGAGCAUGAACAACCAUGAAUAUUUUUGACCAUUGCAACCGGUUUAGUUCCUAUAUUUGAUAAUCUCUUGUUUAAUCUUUAAUUCCCUCGCCAUCUCAGAUAUACAGCUAGGGUAGGGCUGGGCAUUCAAGCAUACAGGGGUGUAUAUUUGCCUGAAAAAAACUCCCCACCCUCUUUUUGAAAAUCAUUAUUUUUCCCACAGAAGUUAUCAAUGUUUUAGCUGAAUUUUUUUAAGGUUGUUAUUUUCUGAAUUGGGGAAUAUAAAUGAUUUUAAGAAGAAGUAAAAAAAUUAUGCAAAAAGUAUGAAAAGGGAUGAAACAACUUGCCUUUAAUCUAUUCACCAUAUCUUCAAAAAUCAGAACCCCCCCCCCUUAAUUAUUAGAAUAUACACCCCUGGAAAAUUAUUUUGUCAUUAGAAGGUUGUCAGAAUUGUGCUCAUAUUACACACGAUAAACAGUAAGAUGAUUUUGUUUGCUCUUUCUUUUAUUACAGUGCCUCUAAAGCGUUAGUAAGGAAUUGAGUCAAUUUAAAUUUUUCUAAUCCGUAAAAGUGUCCAACCUGAUGGUGUAAACAUUUGAUAUUUCGUAAUAAAUAAUUUGACAUAACAGGAUUCAUAGUUUGAAACAUCAAGGUCUACGACAUUGGGUUGCUAAGACAAAGGGAAAAGAAAUUUUUGGUGAAGACACAAUUCCUUCAAAGCUCUGUUGUGUGCCUUGAGAUCAAAACUUUUGUGUUGUGAAGCUCUGGGUCAACUAUUGAUCUUAAUCUUGUGUAGAACUACGGCUUAAUCUUAUGUAGAACUACGGCUUAAUCUUGUGUAGAAUUACGGCUUAAUCUUGUUUAGAAUUACGGCUUAAUCUUGUGUAGAACUACGGCUUAAUCUUGUGUAGAACUACGGCUUAAUUAAAUAUCUCUUGGAUAUCCCGUGGUGAUUGUACCCGGCAGAGAUAACUAGAAGAACUUAUCUUUCAAAUUUAAAUGUUUUCACAGUGGAUAUCAAGAUCAAGAGUUCAAAAUUAACGAUGCUUUUCAACACAAAAUUUGCGACCUCAGAACAUUUUCCAAAAUUAAUUUCAGUUUUUAUCAAAACAGAAUAUUUAUCAGCAAUUUAAAAUUUCAGUAGAAAAUCAUUCCAUUUGAUGGUUGUCCACUAUAUUUUGGUUAUCACUAGAUUAUUGUUUCAAAUUCUAAUCAACCCAAUUUACACUAUUAAAAGAGAAUACCUUACAUUUUAUUUGUAAUGUAGGCUGAGCUAUUAGUUUUUGUGAGAUAAACCUAAUAUUCUGUUAAUAAUUUCGAUCUAAAUGUUUACAAAUUCAUAAUGUUUUUGUAAGAUCUAUAUUACACAAAAUGAUAUGGUGUUCCAUCAGUGAAGGGAUGAAAGUAAAACGCCAAAAAUAUUAAAUUACGGUGAGAACCAGAAAUCUGUAUAUGGUAGACGACAUUAAAGAAAUAAUUUACUGUUUUUGACAUAGUUACAAAGCUAAUAGUAACAAAUAGUAGCUUGAAAAAUCUUUUAUAAACUGAAAUAAUUUGUGUAACAGUACUAUGGCUGUCUCUGAUGUACAUUGGACUAUAUAAAAUCAUAAUUUGAGUCUAAAAGUCGUCUUCCUAUUCUAUAGUUUUCUGGUCCUCACUGCAGCUUCUAUUAAUCUCAAAUAUUUUGUGAUUUCUUUUAAUACACACAGGGUGUCUAAACCUUUAUAUAUUUUAUUGUACUCAAGUCAAACUUUAGUUAUGUUUCAUUGUUUAUGUUGUUUUAUAACUUUAAAAUCGUAAAUACAGGGUGUCUCUGAAAAAAGUGCGUUUAGCUUUUUAGUCAUUAUUAGGUAAUGUGUACUUAGAAGGUGUAAUGCACAUAAAAGGGAGGUUGUCGAUGAAAAAUGUUUUAGCGACGACCCCCCCCCCCUUUUGGGGGCAUUUUACAAUGGAGAGACACGUUUUUGGACAAUCAAACGACGUUUGGUAGGCUAAAUAGCCAAAACGCACUUUUUUUCAGGUCCAACCUAUAUUCACUAUUAAGUCUUCUAAUGCAGUCGUAAUAUCUUUUGAAUCAAGCAUUAAAUCCCCUUUUAUGGGUUUACUCGCACAAUUGACAUCAUAAGAUUGGCCAAUUGUAUAUUUUUAAGGGAAACCCAUGGAAAAUAUUGUUUUUCCCAGUUUUGAUGAUUGCAGGUGUUUGAUAAAGUA